CUUUGUGUGUGAGGUUUCUUUUUUAUCGGUUGAUAAAUUUUGUCAAUCUCGAUGUGUCUAUUGAAUGAUGAUUCACUGGAAAGUUGAAGAUAUCUCAUGGACGCCUUCCAAAAGAAUGGAUAUCCACGGAAUUUCAUCAUAAGACAUAUACCCCCAAGCCAACCUAUCAAACCAAAAGUCCCCAAGGAAAGCACAAAGACAAUCGCCCUACCAUAUAUAAAGGACAUCUCAGAAAUCACUACAAUACUUUUCAAACCUUUAGGAAUUAAUGUCGCACACAAACGAACAAAAUCACUUCACUCAGUUCUAUGUCAACCAAAAGACUCAACAACGAAAAAAGAUAAAACCAACAUCGUCUACAAAAUAAACUGUAACAACAACUCCCCUUCGUCUUCGUAUCCACGAACAUAAGCUAGCCGUCAAAAGACAUGACAUCCACUCCCUCAUAUCACUAUAUACAGACAAUCACGGGCAUCAAUUCGAUUGGGACAAUGUUCAAAUAUUAGGCAGAGGAAACAACAAAAAUGCUAGAGGAUUGUUAGAAGCUUGACAUUCCAGUGAAUCAUCGAUCAAUAGAC